UGCUUGAGGCCAUCAUUUUAAGCAAACUAGAAGAUGAGGAACUCAUAAAAACGCUGUCAACUAGUGGAGCUCCGGGAGUGUAAAAAAUGGGACCUACGAGAGGCACUGGUCAAUAUAGUUACCGGCACCGAUAUGUCACACCAAAACUUGCUAGACUUGAAAACACUACUAAUAGACUAUGAACGAGACAGUGGACAGUCGAUAUACGAUGGCUACGAUAUCAGUCAGUUCCUACUCAAUACAGUCAACGAUGUGUCCAAACUGGUACUGUGUGUAAUCCGGGCACUGGGAGGUCAGCUAUCGAUGCGAGACAUAGACUCAUAUUUUGCCGAUCAUUUGGUCUGUAUUUGUAUGAAAUAUGAGAAUAAAAAACAAUCAUCGAUGAUACUCUAUGACCCGACUGUCCAUCAACUGGAUCCAGAAGCUCAGUUGACACACCAGACAGUCGACGAUAGACUGGUAUGCGUUCGUAUCCAACGCGACAGUAAUUGUUUGUGGAGUGCUGUUAGCCUAUCAAUACACGGUUCGGAUAAAUAUAUGGAAUCCCUGCGCCUGUUGACAGCAUCGACACUAUUGGACUAUAGACAGUCGUUUGAAAAGUCAUACAAAUCGUCGGACAUUACCUACGAUGAACUCGUUGACAAAGCGGUAACACUUGGGGAAUGGGAUCACGAGCUGCACAUACAGGCACUGUCGCUGGCAUUGCACCGACCUAUCUAUAUGUAUAGUUCGUUUGGAUCGCUGGUCGAACCCUAUCGGCAGACCUAUGAUCAGCUCCGGGAGUCGUACGAAUCGAUGUUUGUCUACUAUCAUAUGAGAUUUUUAGCUGAUAGUAGCUGUAAGGAUGAGAUACCGGUGCUGUUGUAUUAUAACGGUUUCGGUCACUACAGUCCUAUACUGGUUAAGCGUGAAGAUGUUUGGCCAUUGAAGCCGUUCACUGAGAUUAUGAAACCAAUGUUUUAA